AUGUCGUCGCCGGAAGAGUCCCCGCCGUCCAACUCGACCUCCACUCCGCCGCCCCCUCCGUCGUCCUCCGACUCUCCACCGCCGCCUUCCUCCGACACGCCCUCGCCGCCGCCCCCUCCCUCCGAGUCCGGCGGCGGCGAUUCCUCCUCCUCCCCCUCUCCGAACUCGAGCCCGUCCCCGCCGCCUCCGGAUUCCGACGACAGCGGCGGAAGAUCCUCACCGCCGCCUCCUCCACCGCCGAGGGGCGACUCUUCGCCGUCUCAUCCUCCGCCCCCGCCGCCGCCGGUGAGGUCCUCGGGGGGCGACGGGAGGGGCAACACGCCGCAAAUCUCGAACGGCUCGAACAACAACGAUAACAACAAUAAUAAUAAUAACAGUAAUGAUAAUUCGAAUCAGACGGCGGUUAUAGCCGGAGCGGCGGCGGGGGCCGGGCUGCUGAUCCUUAUCGUGAUCGUGUUCAUGGUGACGUGUUGCAGAAGAAAGAAGCGCAAACCUCGCAACAAUUACUACACCUCCUCAAACUGGCAAAACGACGGUCGACCCAACUGGCAGAACAACGGCCCGCCCACGGACCGCAUGGGAAAGCCCCCGCCGCCGCCCCCGGGUAGUGCUGGCGUCAGCUCCGAGCACAGCUGGCAGAUCGCGCCGCCGCCCCCUCCGCCGCCCAUGAUGAGCAGCAGCGAGCUGAGCUCCGCCGGAUUUUCUGGCCCCAAUGGGGCGGCCCUCCCACCUCCCCACCCGGCCAUGGCCCUUGGCUUCAACCAGAGCAGCUUCACGUACGACGACCUGUCGGCCGCCACCGCCGGUUUUGCCCAGUCGAACCUUCUCGGGCAGGGCGGGUUCGGGUACGUCCACAAGGGGGUGUUGCCCAACGGGAAAGAGAUUGCCGUCAAGAGCCUCAAGGCCAACAGUGGCCAAGGGGAGCGCGAGUUUCAAGCGGAGGUUGAUAUCAUCAGCCGUGUCCACCACCGGCAUUUGGUGUCGUUGGUUGGGUAUUGUAUAGCCGGGACCCAGAGGAUGUUGGUUUACGAAUAUGUGCCGAAUAAGACACUCGAAUAUCACCUUCACGGAUCUGGUUGCCCGACAAUGGAUUGGCCGACCCGGCUUAAAAUCGCUUUGGGAUCGGCUAAGGGAUUUGCAUACCUUCACGAAGAUUGCCAUCCUCGUAUUAUCCACCGUGAUAUAAAAGCUGCAAACAUUUUGCUUGAUCUAAACUUCGAAGCCAAGGUGGCCGACUUUGGAUUGGCAAAACUUUCUUCGGACAACUUCACUCAUGUUUCAACUCGGAUAAUGGGAACUUUCGGGUACUUGGCUCCCGAAUAUGCAUCGAGUGGCAAACUUACCGAGAAGUCCGAUGUCUACUCAUACGGUAUAAUGCUUCUCGAGCUCAUUGCCGGGCGACGCCCGGUCGACAUCAACAGCGAUGACGAUGGAUUAGUUGAUUGGGCAAGGCCAAUUCUGGUUCGAGCAACCGAAGGAGGAAGCUUUGAUGAGUUGGUGGAUCCACGGCUUGGGAACAACUAUGAUCACCAGGAGAUGUUGCGUGCCGUGCUUUCUGCUGCCGCCUGUAUUAGGCAUUCUGCAAGGAGACGCCCCAAAAUGAGCCAAGUCGUGCGUGCCCUUGAGGGAGAUGUUUCUCUAGAGGACCUCAACGGGGGGUUGAAAACCGCGCACAUCGCCAUGUUUGGGUCGAGCGGCGACUCUGAGAUCGACUUGAAGAAGCUCGGCGUUAGGGGCCUCAACAGCCAAGAGUUCAACAGCAGUGAGGACGGGCACACGGGAGAAUUCCUCCGCACGAGCGGUGGAAAUUCCCGCGAGUUUGGGUCGAGCCUGCAGGCCGGACGAGCGCGCAGCCCACAAAUGUGA